AUGAACUACGAGGAUGUCUUGAAUGCGCUCUACGGUAAUGGGCUUUUCCAGAUAAUACUUACAGUUUGCUGCUCGCUCACUAAUUUCGUCCUCAUUUUCGAAUUCCAGUCCAUAAUUUUCCUCCAUCUCACACCCAACUUCAACUGCUCCUCCAGUCGUCUCAGUGAAUUCAGACAGAUCACUUGGGUGACGAAAUCGGACUACCUGAGCUUUCAGAAAUCGCACCAACAGAUGGACCUUAACACGACUUUGAAAAGUUAUUUCCGUCCUUAUACGUCAGUAUCAGAGCAAUGUUGGGCUGUUGCACGGCAGCGGGGAGAUGAUGGACUGGAACUUAUGCAGCCAUUUGCCUGUGAUCAGUGGAGCUUCUCAAAUGACCCGAUGUCACGCACCCUGGUUACAGACUAUAAUCUCAUCUGUGACCGUCGAUAUCUUGUCACCCUGCUUGAAACCGUAUUUAUGAUGAGUGUAGCUGCAGGCUAUAGCAUGGCCAUAUUUACGGACAGGUUGAGCCGACGAAAACUGCUGCUUUUCUAUGCAGUUUGGGAUUGUCUAACGUCCGUCGGUAUUGUCUUGGCACCCACCCUUGCUACUGCUUUCAUUAUUCGAUCACUGCGUUCACUGUCGGCGUCCAUCCUUUAUCUACCACCCUGCAUCAUUGCGGAACUAGUACCGACUAGAAAGAGGGCCGUAUUUGUCAAUCUCUUUUGGAUUCCCUUUGGACUUGGUUACAUGCUGACUUCAGGUAUCGCUUAUUUAACACGUGAUUGGUUCCACUUUCGUCUAUACGGCCUUCUGCUCCUGAUCGUGUACCUUCCCCUCUUCUUCAUAGUACCCGAGUCGCCAAGAUGGUUAACCGUCAACGGUAGGUACGACGAGUUCGUCAGGGUACUGAAACAUAUUGCGGCAUGGAAUCGUGUGAAAUUGGAAGAGGGAUUCUAUGAAAAAGCUGUAGAGGCGGCCAGACAGACAGACAAUGAGAAGGCUGCAAAAGACAGCGUGCCCUCGGACUGCAAGCUUCUUGAUUCAGAUCAUUUUUGCGCAGUAAAAAAGGAACGUCCGCGCGACACUGUGCUAACUGUCUCACGCCUUCCGAAUAUGCGUUGCAAGUGUUUAGUCCUGGCCCUCGCGCAUUCAAGUAUUACGCUCUGUUACUUUGGCCUCAGCAUCAACGCCACAUUCACCAAUGAAAACGUCUUCCUAAACGUCUUCUUUCAGGGCUUUACGGAAAUACCCUCCGCCGUGGCAGCCUGGUUCAUAUCAAGCCAUGUAGGCAGACGACUCUCCUUAAUCCUUCUUCUCCUACUGACUACAGUAGCUGUGAUAACAACGACAGUCAUCAAACCACUCCAGCCCAUUGCAAGCAGUUUUAUUGCAAUUGCGGGUCGCAUGGCAGUAACGACCGCAUACUGCAUUUCGGACCUGUAUGUGGCGGAGAUGUUUCCCACUACCGUGCGUAAUAUGGGCAUCUACAUUAUUAUGUCAGCGGGUGCAGUGGUGGCCGCUCUGGCUCCCUAUCUAAAUCGACUGGCAGACACCUUCUACUAUCUGCCCAGCCUGCUUUACGGCAUUGUCUGCACUCUGGGCUCCCUGUUGGUCUUCUUCUACCUGCCCGAGACAAGAAAAUGUCCACUUGCCCAGACACUGGACGAAGCCGAAGAGCUUGUCCGUGGACACGAGGAGGAGUGGAUUGAACGCAUGAGCAGAACGACCACUGAAAUUACCCUAAACUCAAAGCAGAUUUAG